UUUGGAGCUGUCCUGACUAUUUUUACGCAUGGGAAUGGAUUGAUCUUCGGGCGCAGCUGCCAGAAUAGGUGCGAUAAUUGGAUACGAAUCUCGCGAUGAUCAAACCAAUUAGCAAACCUGCAAUGAAGGUUCUUUGUCCACCGAGGGAGCUUACAUACAAGAGCUGGGCUCUGGUCAGAAUGAGUCAGACAUAUGUGAAGCUCAGUGAAGAGAAACUUAUACCAAAGUCUGACAUCUUGUCACUGCUAAGGACUUACAACUGUUACCACGAAGGGAAAAACUUCCAGCUGAGGACACGUGAGGAGGAUGGAGAGCUUAUCCUCGAGGGGUUGCUGAACAUCUAUUGGGGUCUGCGGAGACCAAUCAGACUUCAGAUGUACGAUGACAAUGAAAGAUUUCGUCUCAACAGAAACGAUGGCAUACUGGCAAAGCAGUUAUCAGCCGAGUCAAACAAUAAUUCACUGGACAGAGAAAGUGGACCGGCUGGUGGUGACGUGGGUGGUCAGGAGGAAGAGGAUUCUCCUCAGCUGCUGAGGACUAGGAGUGAUGCUUCCUUCAUGCGAGUUCAGAGGAGGUCAAAGACGCACACUGCCAGAGACUUGCAGCGCUUGCGGACACACAGGUUCUCCAUCAACGGACAUUUCUACAACCACAAGACAUCUGUAUUCACUCCAGCUUAUGGGUCAGUCACUAACGUACGAGUAAACAGCUCCAUGACAACUGGACAAGUCCUCAACCUGCUGCUACACAAGUUUAGGGUGGAGAAUAAAUCUGAAGAGUUUGUCCUUUAUAUGGUGCACGAGUCUGGCGAGAGGACCCGACUGAGGGACGGUGAAUACCCGCUGGUUGCUCGUGUGCUUUAUGGACCCUGUGAGAAAAUCUCCAAGAUCCUCAUCACAGAGGCUGACCUGGGAGAGGAAGUCACGUAUGAUGUUGCCCAAUACAUAAAAUUCGAGAUACCUGUUUUAGACAGUUUUGUAGAGAAGCUUAAAGAGGAAGAGGAGCGGGAGAUAAGCAAACUAACCAAAAAGUACAGUGCUCUGAAAUCUAUGAUUCAACAUCAACUCGAAGGCAGUGCUCACACCAGUGACAGAGUAUGAGUGUAUGCACGAUAUAACAAUGUGUGUGUGUGUGUGUGUGUGUGUGAGGGGAAGGGGUGGGUGCAACACUAAUGAUUGCUGAUUUAUGAUGGGAACAUUUCCAAAUGCUGUAGUGAAUGUAAAGGUUAAGGCUGCAAUAGAACCAUAUCAUACACCGAUGUGCUUCGACUUUUAGACUUACAUAUCUCAACAGUUUGUAUGACCAGUUUUCUUAAUGUUAUUACUAUGGAGUGUAUUGCUGCUUUGAUAUCUCUGCUAAUAAUAUAUUUGCAUUUUGUAUGUCAAUUCUUACUGCAAAUAUGAAUAUUUAUACAUGCUGUUUUUGGUAAUGUUGUCUCUGAUUUCUUAUGUAAUAAAUCAGUUUAAGUAUGGCCUUUAUAACUGCUGUUGGAU